UAGCUGUGGGUGACAGACUUACAACAGCGCUGAGAUGGCAAACGCGUGAUCUUUCUCUCUCAUACCAAACGCCGCGAGGUACAUCCCGGGGAUUGCAGGAAAUAUUACAUUUCUCCCGGACAAUAAGAGUUUCUUUUAGCGGAGUGCAAAGGCUGGACUCAAAUUGGAGGCAGCGGCGCGCGCACCAAACAAAUGAACGUGCCUUUUUGUCCACGCGCUCAGGAGCGUACAUUCUACUGGCGCAGCACUGAAUAAGUAUUGUAGCGGUAGGUGAUUGAUAAGGCAAGUGUUUCCAGCCCAGACAGACACGUUUUCAUAAGGCACAGCUGGUUGCGCUGGCGUGGACUCUUUUUUUUUGGCCAUCAUUUGUUAGACAGAAGUCAGUUUAUCCCUGCUUAUUCCAAGCGACUUCUUGGAUUCUGGAAGGCUGUCCGAAGGGGAAUACAGCGGCUGCAGGACCAAGUCGGGAAUGCCAUUUGUUCACGAGCAGCAUAGACGAGCUUUGUCGCGCGGUGUUUUUUACCCGGGGACAGGUGUCGUUGUGUACGUUGGGGUUGGGGGUUAGUUGUUGGGGGUUUGGACACAGUUGUCUUAAGGAUGUCAGAUCAGGGAUCAGAUCUGCACAGAGACAGGUGCGAUAGAGAGGAGUAGAUUUCACGCGGACCCCUCCUCUCAUCUUCUCCUCUCAGUCAUUCUGGAUUAUAGUCCCGAGGAGGCGAGUCAUUCACAGAGAACCGGGCUCACCGUUUCCCGCUGCUUGCCGGAGCUCCACUGCCAUGACGACUGUGGCCAAACCUUUCAUCGGGCUCUUCUGGCUCCUGCGGUUGGUGUGUGCGGUCUUCCCCGAGGAACCGGGACCUCUGAACUUCAUCCCUACUGAAGUGGUAAGAAGGCAUCCUGUGUUUCUCGGACGACCCCAUCGCUCAUCGCUCAGACAGGAGCCCUUACACAUUCAGAGGAUUCUGCAGGUCAACCGUACCCUUUACAUCGGAGCCAGAGAUGACCUUUUCCGAGUGGAGCUGGACAACGUGGUGGGAGAAGAGAUGUUUUACAGCAAGAAGAGGACAUGGGAAUCCAACAAAAAUGACAUCAGAAUCUGUAGAAUGAAGGGAAAACAUGAGGAUGAGUGCCGUAACUACAUGAAGGUUCUCCUCAGUCGGCAGGGUGGAUUGUUUAUCUGCGGGACCAACGCCUUCAAUCCCUUAUGUGCCAAUUAUACAGGAGACACUCUUGAGAUGGUGGGUGAAACCGUCAGUGGGAUGGCUAGAUGCCCAUAUGACCCGAAACAUGCCAACGUGGCCCUGUUUGCAGAGGGGAAUCUCUACACUGCCACAGUGACUGAUUUUCUGGCCAUUGAUGCCGUGAUCUACAGGAGUCUGGGGGACAAUCCUGCCCUGCGAACGGUGAAACACGACUCCAAAUGGUUUAGAGAGCCGUACUUUGUGAAUGCUGUGGAAUGGGGGCCGCAUGUCUACUUCUUUUUCAGAGAGAUGGCCAUGGAGUUCAACUACCUGGAGAAGGUGGUUGUGUCUCGCGUAGCACGCGUGUGCAAAACCGAUCAGGGCGGUUCGCAGCGCGUGCUCGAAAAGCAAUGGACGUCCUUCCUGAAAGCUCGGCUGAACUGCUCAAUACCAGGAGACUCGCACUUCUACUUCAACCUCCUGCAUUCCACCAGUCCUAUCAUCCGCAUGCAUGGCAGGGAUAUCAUCCUCGCUGUCUUCUCUACACCCUCCAACAGUAUUCCUGGCUCUGCAGUGUGUGCUUUCGACAUGGAGCAGCUGGCCGGAGUGUUUGAUGGAAGAUUUAAAGAGCAGAAAUCGCCCGAGUCGAUAUGGACACCUGUUCCAGAUGAGGUUGUGCCCAAACCGAGGCCGGGUGGUUGUGCCGUACAAGGCACGAAGUUCAACUCCUCCAACUCUUUCCCAGAUGAUAUGCUAACUUUUGUCAAGACCCAUCCGCUGAUGGAUGAAGCCGUCCCAUCGCUCGGUCAAAGACCAUGGAUUGUUAGGACCAUGGUCAGAUACCAGCUCAACAAAAUGGUGGUGGACACAAACGCCGGUCCCUAUGGCAACCAGACAGUCCUUUUCCUGGGUUCCAGCCGAGGGACCAUCCUCAAAUUCCUCGUUACCCCUAACAGGGAUAACACUGUGACGAACAGCAAUGUGUUCCUCGAGGAACUGGAAGGCUACAACCCAGACAGGUGUGGGACGGACUCUCCUCAGGCCAGGCAGCUGCUAUCUCUCACGCUGGACCGCAUCAGUCACAGCCUCCUACUGGCUUUUCCCUCUUGUGUGAUCAAAGUGCCUGUAGCACGCUGCCAGCUCUAUUCCCGCUGCAUGAAAAACUGCAUCGCCUCACGGGAUCCCUACUGCGGCUGGACCAGAGGAAGCACCUGCUCUUUCCUCCGUGCAGGUACCAGGCUUCCCUUCGAGCAAGACGUCGAGCACGGGAACACUUCUCACUUGGGCGACUGCGACGGUCUUCUGCAGGAGAGUUUCAUCGAGGAACCAGAUGGCUUGGUGUCCGUGAACCUGCUGGUCGUGUCUGCAGUUUCAGCUUUUGCCACCGGGGCGGCGCUGUCGGGUCUGAUGGUGUGUUGGAUAAUGAGCCUCAAGCACCGCCAACGUUCCAGAGCCGGUGAAUCUGGUUUGGGGAGUCGGCGCAAGGGUGACAAGGAGCAAAGCGUGCUUGGACGCGGUCGCAGCGGUUCCGUGAUCAGCGUGACUCGUAUCAGCGGCAGCGAACGACCCCGCUCGCAGGUUGAGAAUCUGUUCACCAACGGCUGGCCAAAAUCUGGAGAUAUUGACCCAGGACUUCCCACUCCAGAACAGACGCCUCUGCAGCAGAAACGUCCAACUCCAAACGUUCAUCUCACAGACUGUGAUUGGGACCAGAGCCAUACUUUCCUGGCCCAGACAGGGACACCCUGCACGACGAACUCUGCGGUCAUUUACCUGAGCUCCAAAUACUUGCAGGGUGGGCGGCAGGAGGGAUCGGGCGAUGUUCCCCCGCAUUCGGAGCGGCAGCGGUACCUUAUCCUCUCCCACCCUGCGAAUCAGCGGGAUCAGGGCGGGCAACCAACCGCCCCGCCUACCCGCAACUCUACCGGUGAAUACAACUAUCCGACGACACCUCAAGACUCCCCUGACCGCAGGAGGGUGGUGUCGGCUCCUACCACGACCACGCAGACGGACUAUGGUGAACAUCUGCGAUGGUCCCGCGACGGGCUCAACUUCAAUAGCAACAACGCGACUCCUUCUGGCCACCACCCGUAUCCGAUACAGCCGCGUACUAAUGCAGCAUUAGUACGGCCAGGUCACCAUACUCAGCGGGGGCUCAAUGAGCUACAGGACUACAGCCACCUGCUGGUGAAAAGUGUAAGUGAGCGCAACCCUAAUGGCCAAUGAGUGGUCCAGGCCGUUCACACCCUUCAGAGUCCCAUCACCCCCAAGACUCAGACUCCUUCUGUAAUCCUGCCCUUCCUGUCCUCUCUCACUGCCAUCCAGUGUCUUUCAAGUCCCCCACCAGUGGCUCUAGAACUACAGAGUGAGAGAAUAAGAGCGUUGAUGGUGUUAAAGCUGCUGUCCUCCCCAGCCUGAGGGUUGACGCCACUUAGCACGUUUGCGGCUUCUAUCACGCCCUGUCUAAUGAAACGGAAGGAUCGCUUGGGAAUAACGGAUGUGAUGGGUGAUGGGAGGUGAAACACAUAAUCAUAAUCCUGCGAAUGGGUAUGUUGACUGUUUAGCAUACCGAAGCGGUCGCGGAUUGUCUCUCUGUAAUCUCACGCCCUGUAAACCAUUCAAUGGAAGUGAUCCGUUUCGUUUUCACCUCUUUCUUGCUUUACGUUUGAGCCUGUGGAUGCUUCUUUUGUGUGCGUCCCGGGCCUUUGCAGACAAGCUCAAACUUCCUUUUGUCUGUUUGCGUGUGUGUAUGUGAGCCGCGCCAAAAUGUGCUUGUCGACCAGACUUGAUGUGAACGCAAAAUUCACUGUAGUUUCGUAAGUGAUCUGAUGUCAAAUGACUGACAACCCCUCCCUCCCUUACCUAUUAAGUGUCAGAAAGCAAUCAAGAAAACUGCCAUGUGACUUUAUCGAAAGAUUGUGUGCUGGAAUAUCAGAUGUAAAUGGGUGAUGGAGAAGAGCAUUCGCCAAAAAUCAUGGAUUAAUCUACCCAUGCUUUCUGGAAGGAGCAGGGAAGCACUGUGGAAAUGACUUUAUAUUGCGUACAGGGGCAUAUGUUGGCUUGACCCAUUUAUUUUGUGGUUUAUCUUCAAAACCAAGAUAAAUGCGUUUUUUAUCCCCUACACAUGUUAGAAUUAGAGCAGAGCAUUUGCAACACUUUCUCUUUCUUUUACUCGGCCUGGCUUCGUUCUCUGCAGUCCAUUGAGUCAAAUGUGAGCUCGGUUGUCUGGGCUGGGCCGGGCCACUAGGGAGCUGCAUUCUGAGUGUCUCACUGACACUGGGUUUCUUUGUGCGGCCCAGUCAGACAAGACCAUCCCGACAACAAAUAGCCGUUAAGAGUCAUGGCCUAGCCAUCAGCCAAGCCCAGGAGAAUGUCAAUGAGGAGCCAGACAGAUCGGGUCCCCCCUCACUGCCAGCCUUCACAAGCCACACAGAAUCAGAUGAAUACAAUGUUACAUUUAGAUGGAAAGCAAAAAAAUUCAAACCCACUGGGCUCCCGGUGGCACUGUGCCCACUUCAGCCAUUGUUCAGUUUCCUCUGGCUCUCUUUGGAUUUCUGUUUGUUUGUUUCAGGGUUGUAAACCCCACGAGAGGCAUGAAAGAAAUAGUGUACUAUUCAAUUCAUUCACCUCUCAGUAAACGACGUUAUCUCUGCUUUCUUCCCGUGGGGCACCAGUAAUUCACCUAGCAUUAACUGAGUGUGUCCACUAGAGGGCAGUAAUGCGCAUUACAGGAUUUUUCUACUCAGUGCUCAAUGGACCCUUUUCACAGUGUGAGUCGAGAUGAGUAAUUAAGAGUAACAUAAGAAUUUUUUUUUUCAGACACAUUCAAUUGGUCAAAAGUGACACUAAAGACAUUUCGAACAAGAGCUGUUCUUUUGAAUUUCACAAAAAUAUCAAGCAGCACAACUGUUUUCAACAUUGAUAAUAAGAAAUGUUUCUUGAGCACCAAAUCAGCUUAUUUGAAUUGUUUCUAAAAUAUCAUGUGACACUGAAGACGAGUAGUGGCUACUUAAAAUUCAGCUGUGCUAUACCAGGUAUAAAUUACUUUUUUCUUUUUUUCUUUU